CAUGCAUUCCACUGCCACCCAUCUGUCAUCGCCGCCGGAGUUAUGCAUGUUGCAUAUGCUAUGGAUGACAUGUGGUCCAGUCCAGCGUCGUCGUCGUCCACCACCCUAACCUGUAGGGAAGGUGCCUGACUGCUGCUGCUGCUGCUACACCUGCCAUACCACAUUCCCACUGUCAUAGCCUCGUCAACGGUAAGGGAAGGCGCAAUCUCUCAUCCACCACCGCUAUCCACUUCUCCCACCAGAACGUCAUCCUCACCAUCUUUCUUUCCUUGGUUCUUGGUUCAACCGCAUGCCGCACCCCCACUCGCACCCCCAUCCUCCGCCUCCCCCAUCCAAACGCACCACCACCCUCCACCUCCUCCGCUUCGCCCACUGGCAACUCACCGAAACCUACCUCCGCCUGCAAGCCCGCCUCCGCCGCUACACAUUUGUCACCAUCACCACCACCACCAACAUGCCACCAACCCUCCACCUAGUCCGCCACGCCCAAGGCUACCACAAUCUCAACAUCGCCAACCACAGACUCCACGACCCCCAGCUCACACCGUACGGCGAACAGCAAUGCGAAGAGCUACACAAGAGCUUCCCCCACCACGCCGCCAUCGAAGCAGUAAUAGCAUCCCCGCUAAAACGAACAAUCAACACCGCCCUCCUAUCCUUCUCCUCCACCAUCUCCAGCAAAAACCUCCGCGUAAUCGCCCUGCCAGAAUUACAAGAGACGUCAGACCUCCCCUGCGACACCGGCAGUUCCCCCUCCGAACUCUUGCAUGCGUACGCGGAUAAACCUGUUGAUCUCUCCCUCGUGACGGAAGGGUGGAACAGCAAAAAGGGCAAACGGGCACCUAAUGCGAAAGCGAUCGAGGCACGCGCGCGGGCGGCGAGGCGGUGGUUGAGGGGGAGGGGGGAAAACGAGAUCGUGGUUGUGACGCACGGUUAGUCCUACUCCUACUCCUAUCCCUACCCCUACCCGUAUCCCUAACGGACUCCUGACUAAGUGGGUGAUCUCGUACUGCUCGCUAAUGCAUGGCUGUGUCGGAUGUUCAGGCGGCUUCCUGCACUACCUAACCGAAGACUGGACCGGCAGCGAUCGCUUCAAUGGUACCGGGUGGGCGAAUACGGAGUGGCGCUCUUACACCUUCUCCUCCUCCUCCUCCUCUUCAACAUCUGCGGAAGAAGCGCACAUGAUUGAGACACCGGAGUCGAAGAGGCGACGACAGGGCGAUGCGAAGGGGUUGGAUGCCACGGAGCAGAUGGAACUCAAGCGGACGAGUGAGGGGAGGGAGUGGCAGGAGCAGGAGCAGGAGCAGGAGCAGGGGUUUGUGGGAAAGGGGAAAGCU